AUGAAUGCGAUGAAAGGAUUCUUCUCGGCGCCUCAGAUGGAAGACCCGUCUGGCAUGUACAUGAUGGAUAUGGACAUGGACCACGACGAUGCAGUGGCGAUCAUGGCCGCGAUGCAGGAGUCUGAAGGACCCCAAGUGAAGAUGGUGGACCUCGAUUUCUUCAACGACUUCGGCGAUGACUUUGACGAUGAUGACCUCAACUGA